AUGGGUUAUUCCUUGCAAACUUUCUAUGGCCAGCAAGGAGAGGAGUUACCACCACAUGAAGUUGAUAGAAAUGUCACUCAAAUGGCUAUCAGAUCCCCAAGUGCGCCUCGUCGUGGACGCCCACCAAAAAAUCUUUCAGGCACUUCAUCUCAGAAAUCUCAAAAACCGGCGAUACCAAGAAAACGAGGCAGACCCCCCAAAGACUAUACGGCAGUAGUUAGCAGUACCAACUCGGACAUAUUGACAGCAAAAGGUCAGAAGUCCUCAAACAGCAAGAAGCCCAAUUCCCAAUCAGAUGACAACCCACCAAAGAGACGAGGCCGCCCUCCUAAGAAGCCUCUGGAAGUAGAAAUACCACUUCCUAAUCCACCUUUUCAAAUUUAUGGUUGCGAAUGGGACAAGUGUCCUGCUAAAUUACACAAUUUGGAUACUUUGAGAAUGCACCUUUCCAAAGUUCAUGGCAAGAGGGAGAAUGGCAUGUUUAAUUGUCUGUGGAAAGGUUGCACGAAGGUACAAACUCCCAACGACGGAUCUAUGUCAUCAUCGGAAUUAAGGAUUACCACAAAAUAUAGAUUCGAAAAUGAAGAUGAUUGGAAAAGACAUGUCGAGAAGAAGCAUGUCAUCCGUUUUGCUUGGCACAUGGGAGAUGGACCUAGAAAUUCUUUAGAUGGUCCCCGGAAAUAUGACGCUUCGGCUCUUCCGCCAUAUCUGUUUGAUAAAAAUGGCGUUCAGGUCACCCCCUCAGUUAAAGAUCAGCAAAUCGAGUAUGGAGACCCCAAGGAGACCAGUGCUCAGAGAUUCAAGAGAACUAUCAGUGGUCUUGAUUUUGUUUUGAAUCCUAUAUAUAACUCGAAUUAUGCGUCUCCAAUUCAAAGCGUAGCAAAGGAUGGUGGAGAAAACAACGAGGUCCAUAGCAGUAAUGAUGGUGAAGAUGAUGGAAACGAUACGAACAUGGAGGACAUUGGGAACAUUGGGGAAAUUGAGGACAUUGAUCCUAUCUUUUGA